AUGGCAUGUGAGGGUGGACAUUUGAACAUUUUACAAGAACUUUUAAAGGCCGGGGCUGACGUAAAUAUUAGGGAUAAAGAAUGGAACAUAGCACUGGUAACUGCAUUAAUGAAUGGACAUCUGAGCAUUGUGCAAGAAUUGAUUAAGGUUGGAGCUGAGGUAAAUGUUUGGGAUAAUAAAGGAAAUACAGCACUGAUAAUUGCAGUAGAGAGAGGACAUUUUACCAUUAUACAAGAACUAAUAAAGUUUGGAGCUGAUGUCAAUUUAUCGGAUAGAAAGGGGCGUAGACCACUGAUAAUUGCAUGCGAGAGCGGACAUUUGAGCAUUGUAAAAGAAUUAUUAGAGGCAAGUUGCGAUGCCAAUUUACGGGAUCAAGAACAGAAUACAGCAUUGAUAACUGCAUUAAAAAGAGGAUAUUUGAACAUUGCACAGGACCUAAUAAAGUUUGGGGUUGAUAUCAAUCUACGGAAUAAAGAAGGGAAUACAUCACUGAUAACUGCAUGUGAGCGUGGAUAUUUGAGCAUAGUACAAGAACUAAUUAAGAAGGAGGCUGAGGUAAAUGUACAAAAUAUCAUGGGAAAUACACCACUUGUAGCAGCUUGUAUUGGUGGAUUCAUGUGCAUUGUUCAAGAACUUUUCAAAGUCAGGGCCGACAUCAAUCAUAUAGGUAUGGUGCGAAAUACACCAUUAAUAGCUGCAUGUAGAUAUGGACAUUUGAACAUUGUGCAAGAACUUAUCAAAAUGGGGGCUGAUAUAAAUCUAAAGGAUAAUGAGGGAUGCACACCACUCAUAGCUGCAAGGGAGGGUGCACAUUUAAGUAUUGUUAAAGAAUUAGAAAAGAUUGCGGCUCAUGGCCAUAGGAACCAAGGGGGGACAGGGCAGAACUGGAUUGAAAGUAUUUUUCGCUUCAGUUGGCGGUGA